CCGGGACGGAGGCUGUGGCUGGAAGGAGCUGGGCAUCCGGCCUGAGGCGCAGCGGUCGCGUUAGUUCGGCCCAAUGGCGGCACCGCUGCUUCACACGCGUUUUCCGGGAGAUGCGGCCGCUUCGUCUUCUGCAGUCAAGAUGCUGGGCGCGUCGAGGACUGGGAUUUCAAAUAUGCGUGCAUUAGAGAAUGACUUUUUCAAUUCUCCCCCAAGAAAAACUGUUCGGUUUGGUGGAACUGUGACAGAAGUCUUGCUGAAGUACAAAAAGGGUGAAACAAAUGACUUUGAGUUGUUGAAGAACCAGCUGUUAGAUCCAGACAUAAAGGAUGACCAGAUCAUCAACUGGCUGCUAGAAUUCCAUUCUUCUAUCAUGUACUUGACAAAAGACUUUGAGCAACUUAUCAGUAUUAUAUUGAGAUUGCCUUGGUUGAAUAGAAGUCAAACAGUAGUGGAAGAGUAUUUGGCUUUUCUUGGUAAUCUUGUAUCAGCACAGACUGUUUUCCUCAGACCGUGUCUCAGCAUGAUUGCUUCCCAUUUUGUGCCUCCCCGAGUGAUCAUUAAGGAAGGCGAUGUAGAUGUUUCAGAUUCUGAUGAUGAAGAUGAUAAUCUUCCUGCAAAUUUUGACACAUGUCACAGAGCCUUGCAAAUAAUAGCAAGAUAUGUACCAUCGACACCGUGGUUUCUCAUGCCAAUACUGGUGGAAAAAUUUCCAUUUGUUCGAAAAUCAGAGAGAACACUGGAAUGUUACGUUCAUAACUUACUAAGGAUUAGUGUAUAUUUUCCAACCUUGAGGCAUGAAAUUCUGGAGCUUAUUAUUGAAAAACUACUCAAGUUGGAUGUGAAUGCAUCCCGGCAGGGUAUUGAAGAUGCUGAAGAAACAGCAAAUCAAACUUGUGGUGGGACAGAUUCCAUGGAAGGAUUGUUUAAUAUGGGAUUCGCAGAGGCAUUUUUGGAACAUCUUUGGAAAAAAUUGCAGGAUCCAAGUAAUCCUGCCAUCAUCAGGCAGGCUGCUGGAAAUUAUAUUGGAAGCUUUUUGGCAAGAGCUAAAUUUAUUCCUCUUAUUACUGUAAAAUCAUGCCUAGAUCUUUUGGUUAACUGGCUGCACAUAUACCUUAAUAACCAGGAUUCGGGAACAAAGGCAUUCUGCGAUGUUGCUCUCCAUGGACCAUUUUACUCAGCCUGCCAAGCUGUGUUCUACACCUUUGUUUUUAGACACAAGCAGCUUUUGAGGCGAAACCUGAAAGAAGGUUUGCAGUAUCUUCAGAGUCUGAAUUUUGAGCGGAUAGUGAUGAGCCAGCUAAAUCUCCUGAAGAUUUGCCUGCCCUCAGUGGUUAACUUUUUUGCUGCAAUCACAAAUAAGUACCAGCUCGUCUUCUGCUACACCAUCAUUGAGAGGAACAAUCGCCAGAUGCUGCCAGUCAUUAGGAGUACCACUGGAGGAGACUCAGUGCAGACCUGCACAAACCCACUGGACACCUUCUUCCCCUUUGAUCCCUGUGUGCUGAAGAGUAGAGACAGGGUUUUGCCACAUUGGACAGGCUGGUCUCGAACUCCUGACCUUGUGAUCACCUGCCUUGGCCUCCCAAAGUGAUGGGAUUACAGGUGUGAGCCACCAUGCCCAGCCAAGAGAAGGGAAAAAUGCAUUACCAUGAAAUGUCUGAAAUCGCAAUGGGAAGAAAACAUGCUCCAGGUGAGGGUCGAACUCACAACCUUGGCAUCACCCAGACAUAUACUGCUGUGUAAGUACCAAGCGCUAACCGAUUGAGCCACUGGAGCACGUGGUGGUCUUUCCACUCUGGUUGGUGAACCCCAUGCUAGCCUUGCCCAGUCUGAUCCCUGGGAUUGUCCUGCCUGCUCUUUUCCGGUGGUCAUUCUGCAGACUCCCACAUGGGCCGCUCAGUGCUUAGCUGGACUGUGGCCCCUCUGCAGAUGGCUGGAGCUCUCCAUGCAUUCCUUAGUACUCUGCCUUGCGAACCCCACCUGCCUUGGCCUCUCUGAAAUCCGGACUCUAUCUCUUCCACUUGGGGAGACUGCUGGACCCUGUGAGUCCCUUUCGUGUGAUACUGCCUGGAAAUUCUCUCCAGACAGGAAACCGGGCAGUCCUAGGAUUCAUCUCCAUGGUUUCUCAUUUCUCAGUGCUCACUGCCCUGUGCUGCUGGUGUGCAGUGUCUGAAAGGCUAAGAUUUUGGGUGGGUUUUUACUUGUUUAAGAUAGGUAGGUAUAUCUGGCCGGCGUUACUUCUUUCUGGUUGGAAGACCCCACUUGGACUUUUUUUUUGUUUUUGUUUUUGUUUUGAGACGGAGUCUUGCUCUGUCACCCAGGCUGGAGUGCAGUGGCACAAUCUCGGCUCACUGCAACCUCUGCCUCCCAGGUUCAAGUGAUUCUCCUGCCUCAGCCUUCCGAGUAGCUGGGAUUACAGGCGUGUGCCACCAUGCCCAGCUAAUUUUUGUAUUUUUAGUAGAGAUGGAGUUUCACCACACUGGCCAGGCUGGUCUCAAACUCCUGACCUCGUGAUCUGCCUGCCUUGGCCUCCCAAAGUGCUGGGAUUACAAGCGUGAGCCACCAUGCCCAGCCUUGUUUUUUUUGUUUUUUUUUUUUUUGUUUUUUUUUAGUUAGAGACAGGGUCUCCCUGUUUUGCCCAGGCUGGUCUUGAACUCCUGGGCCCAAACAAGCCUCCUAAAGCAUUGGGAUUACAGGCAUGAGCCCCCGCACCUGGUCUUAGACUUUUCUUUCUUUCUUUUUUUUUUUUGAGACGGAGUCUUGCUCUGUUGCUCAGGCUGGAGUGCAAUGGCGUGAUCUCAGCUUACUGCAUCCUCUGCCUCCUGGGUUCAAGCAAUUCUCCAGCCUCAGCCUCCUGAACAGCUGGGACCACAGGUGCCCAUCACCAUGCUCAGAUGCUCGGCUAAUUUAUUUUUUAUUUAUUUAUUUAUUUUUGAGACAAAGUGUAGCUCUGUCGCCCAGGCUGGAGUGCAGUGACACAAUCUUGGCUCACUGCAACCUCAGCCUCCCAGGUUCAAGUGAUUCUCCUGCCUCAGCCUCCUGAGUAGCUGGGAUUAUAGGCACCCACCAUCAUGCCCGGUUAAUUUUUGUAUUUUUAGUAGAGAUGGGGUUUUGCCAUGUUGGCCAAGCUGGUCUCGAACUCCUGACCUCAAGUGAUCCGCCUGCCUCGGCCUCCCAAAGUGCUGGGAUUACAGGUGUGAGUCACCGUGCCUGGCCUAAUUUUUGUAUUUUUAGUAGAGACAGGGUUUCGCCGUGUUGGCCAGGCGGCUCUCAAACUCCUGACCUCACGUGAUCCACCCACCUCAGCCUCCCAAAGUGCUGGGAUUACAGGUGUGAGCCAUCGAGCCCAGCCUAGACUUUUCGAGUACACGAUGCUGUGUCCCAUCCCAGCCCAACCCUGCCUGGUGCCCCAGCAUCCCUGGCAGCAGAGAAGGUUCAAGGAGAAGCUUCUGAUUUUCCACAAAUCUCACUAAAGUUCUUCAGGGAGGUCAGCAGGGGGCACCAUUCUCUGUGCUCAUGCACUCGUGUGCAAUGUGGACUAGCAUCAGGUGUGAGGAAGGGCAGGGAUGGAGCCUGGCUUUGAAUACCACAGCCAUGGGCUUUCUGUGACCCUACUGCCACCAACUAGUCUGGUAUCCACGAGGAGGCAGGACAUAUGACACCUACCUGGGUCCCCUGGAAUGUCUGUCUUCUGAGGCUUUGGUCUGAUUGUUCCUGAAGUUGCCUUUGGUAUAAUAACAACAUCUAACAUUUAGUAAACAUGAAAAAUGUGCACUAGGCUAGGUUUCGUAUAUACUAGUCCUUGGGAUGUGAUUGUUAUGCAGGUGUAGACCCUUUAGCAGCUGGAAUGUGGGGCCUUCUGGGGUUUCCUGAAGGAGUGGCCAGGGUAACCAGGGUGGGAGGGUUUGGGGGAGUUCCUUGGGCCACUGGCUAAUUACCAAGAGGCACAGAAGGAUUUCAAUAUUUUAGCAACUGGGAGGCUGGGCACAGUGGCUCAUGCCUGUAAUCCCAGCACUUUGGGAGGCCAAGGCAGGAGGAUCACUUGAGUCCAGAAGUUCGAGACCAGCCUAGGCAACGUAGUGAGACCCCCGUCUAUUCAAAAAAUUUCAGAAAGUGGCACAUGCUGUAGUCCCAGCUGCUCUGGAGGCUGAAGCAGGAGAAUCAGUUGAGCCCAGGAGUUCGAGGCUGAAGUGUAGUGGUGAUUGCACUACUUUACUUCAGCCUGGGCAAUGUGGUAAGACCUUGUCUCUAAAAAUAAGUAAAUAAAUAAAUACCUUCUUGGAACAGUUGUAUUGAGGCUUUUUUUUUUUUUUUCCUUUUCAGCAAGUGCCUUUUUGAAAGUAUUUAUUUUGGCUGGGCACGGUGGCUCAUGCCUGUAAUACUAGCACUUUGAGAGGCUGAGGCGGGCGGAUCACGAGGUCAGGAGAUCAAGACCAGCCUGGCUAACGUGGUGAAACCCCGUUUCUACUAAAAAUACAAAAAAUUAGCCAGGCGUGGUGGUGCACGCCUGUAAUCUCAGCUACUGGGGAGGCUGAGGCAGGAGAAUCACUUGAACUCGGGAGGCGGAGCUUGCAGUGAGCCGAGAUCACGCCACUGCACUCCAGCCCGGGCAACAGUGCGAGAUUCCAUCUCAAUAAAACAAACAAACAAGCAAACAAAAAUUUCUCGGUUUUAGGCCAGGCACGGUGGCUCACACCUGUAAUCCUAGCAAUUUUGGAGGCCGAGGUGGGCAGAUUGCUUGAGCCCAGGAGUUAAAGACCAGCCUGGGCAACAUAGCGAGACCUUGUCUCUAGAAAUUUAAAAAAAAAAAAAAAUUAAUCAGGUGUGGUGGUGUGCACCUGUGGUCCCAGCUACUCAGGAGGCUGAGGUGGGAGGAUUGCGUGAGCCCAGGAGGUUGAGGCUACAGUGAGCCGUGAUUUUGCCACUGCAUUCCAGCCUAGGCAACAGAGUGAGACCAUCUUUUUUUUUUCUUUUCUUUUCUUUUUUUUUGAGAUGGAGUCUCACUCUGCUGCCCAGGCUGGAAUGCAGUGGCAUGAUCUCGGCUUGCUGCAACUUCCACCUCCCGCGUUCAAGCAAUUCUCCUGCCUCAGCCUCCUGAGUAGCAGGGAUUACAGGCGUGUACCACCACACCCAUCUAAUUUUUGUAUUUUUAGUAGUGACAGGUUUUCACCAUGUUGGCCAGGCUGGUCUCGAACUCCUGACCUCAAAUGCUCCACCCGCCUUGGCCUCCCAAAGUGCUGGGAUUACAGGCGUGAGCCACUGUGCCUGGCAAAGUCUACUCUUA